AUGGCGCAGGCUUACGCUUAUACCGUCUAUCGCGGCACAUUUAUCCAGACGCCCCGCCUGCCACACUUGAGCCCUCCGCCCAAGACAGAGCUUGUUCGCAAUCGCGGUGCACUCUGGGUUUCUUCCACAGACGGUCGGAUCAAAGGCUGUGACUGGCAGGCGCGCGAUGAGGUCUCCUUCAAGGCCCUGCUGGCUCGGAAUGGAUGGGUGGAUAUUGACGCACCCGAGGCCAAUGGCUCCGAUGGGAAUGAGGUCAAGGUGAAGAUCGUUAUUGCGAACGAAGAGAGGAACGAGUUCUUUUUCCCGGGCUUUAUCGACACCCAUAUCCACGCCCCCCAGUUUCCAAAUGUCGGCCUGUUUGGCUCCUCGACUCUGCUCGACUGGCUGGAAACCUACACGUUUCCCGUCGAAUCGGGCUUCGGAGUCCAAGCCGACCAAUCGAAAGGAACCGGCAAGCUUCCCAAAGAUGCCCCGCCAUCUGCGCUGCGCAUCUACGAUCACGUUGUUGCGCGCACGCUCUCCAAUGGUACGACUUGUGCGUCCUAUUUUGCCACCAUCCACGUCCCGGCAACGAAUGCGCUCGCUGCGCUAUGCCAUUUGCGCGGUCAGCGGGCAUUUAUCGGACGGGUGUGCAUGGACAACCCGGAUUUCUGCCCGUCGUAUUAUAAGGACAUCUCGGCCGAUGACUCGCUGAGCGCAACAAGGUCGACGAUCGAGUAUAUCCACACCUUGGACCCGAAGGGUGCUCUCAUCAAGCCGAUUGUCACGCCACGCUUCGCACCGACCUGCACGCGUCCCGCUCUCGAGGGCCUUGGGAAAUUGGCCGCGGAGUAUAACCCACCGCUGCACAUCCAGACCCAUAUCUCUGAGAACACGAACGAAAUCGCACUCGUCAAGGAACUCUUCCCGGAGGCAAGUAGCUAUGCCGCCGUCUACGACAAGUAUAACCUUCUCACCAAGCGGACAAUCCUGGCUCACGCAGUCCAUCUCACGCCAGAUGAGCGCAGUCUGAUCCGCCAGCGGGACGCGAAAAUCUCCCACUGUCCUGCAUCGAACGCGGCGCUAGGCUCCGGGAUCGCGCCCGUCCGUGUCUUCCUAGACGAGGGGAUUACAGUCGGCCUGGGCACCGACGUGAGCGGCGGCUAUAGCCCCAGCAUCCUCGAGGCCGCGCGCCAGGCUUGCCUCGCGUCACGUCUGCUCGGCCACACAACUUCUUUCUGUCACACGGAGAGCAAGCAGACACUCCAGAACGGCAAUUCUGAUAAGCCCACCCUCGGUCGGGAGAAACUCACUGUCGAGGAGAGUCUGUACCUCGCAACGCGCGGCGGCGCGGCCGUCGUGGAUAUGGCAGAUGAUAUCGGCGGGUUUGACGAGGGCAUGAUUUGGGACGCACAGCUCAUCGAGCUGGGCGGUGUCAAGGACCUGGGCGACAACGACAAUCCUCUUGAUGGGCAAGUGAAUGGUGUUCAGGGCCUGGUAAAGACUGGGCCGGUGGGCAACGUCGACCUCUUUGGCUCCGAGACGUGGCAAGAGAAGAUUCACAAGUGGGUGUGGAGCGGUGAUGAUCGCAACGUUAAAGCUGUUUGGGUCGGCGGAAGGCUGGUUCACUCAAGGUCGUAG